CUGACAGGAAGUGCAGGGUGGAGGUUCUGAGGACACAGGACAGGAUGAAGAGCAGCUCUCACACCUUCAUCAUCAUGUUCAUCAGCAGCACCUGACACUGACUCUCAGCUGAAGAGAACCCCUUCAGACAGUCACUGGGUUCUGAUGAGCAGGAAAUAGAAGUGAUGUGAGCUGUGUGAAGGAGGAACUAAGUUACAGACAGUGAAACAUCCUCCACACUGUUUCAUGCUGAGUGGUUGAUGAGUGUUUUUCCUCCACACACCAUUCAUGAUCUGCUUCACACUUCAAUGUUUGUCUUGACUCGGACUCUGGAGUUCUCAUGAGCUCGGACUAUGAUCCGCCUCUAGACUGACGGACCGUUAGAAAACUCCUCCCUCGGUCUCGGGUGCGGCUCUUGUCUCAGUCCGGGACUUUCCACCGUUUCCUCUUCACACAGCUUCGUCUUAAAGCGGAAGGUUUCUUGGUUUAAUGUGGGUUUGCUGUAAAUAAGGCGGCUCCUGGAUGUUGAUAGGAACCUGUUGGAUCAUCGGGACCAGUUGGACUGAUCAUGUCUGUUUCAACAUCUGCGUCACUGUGGACUCUGCUGUCUCUCUGGGUCCUGGUCUCUGCCUCUGAAGGUCAGAUCAUCAGAGCUGUUUCUGGAGACAAUGUCCCUCUGCCAUGUCGAGCUCCCAGAGACACCAACAUCAUAGCUGUGGAGUGGACCAGACCUGAUCUGGAGCCAGAUUCAGUCUUUUUUCAGCGGGGCAGUCAGCCUGUUACAGACAAACAGCAUCCAUCUUUUAAGAACAGGGUGGAGCUGGUGGACAGACAGAUGAAGGACGGUGACGUGUCUUUGACUCUGAAGGAUGUGAAGACAGAGGACACAGGAAGAUACGAGUGUCGAGUCUUCCAGGGAGGAACAAACCGCAGGAAGAGAUCUUACCUGAACACUGAGCCCAUCAUCAGCAUCAUCAACCUGGAUGUUAGAGAACCAUUUCCAUCCUGGGCCACAGCUCUCCUGGUUCUCCUGGUUGUUGCUCUUAUUGUUAUUGUGGCUCUUCUGGUUCUAAAAUACUUCAUGCCAGAACCAUUUCCAUCCUGGGCCACAGCUCUCCUGGGUCUCCUGGGUCUCCUGUUUGUUGUUGUUCUUAUUGUGGGUCUUCUGCUUCGACAAUACUUGAUACCAGAACCAUUUCCAUCCUGGGCCACAGCUCUCCUGGUUCUCCUGGUUGUUGCUCUUAUUGUUGCUGUGGGUCUUCUGGUUCUAAAAUACUUCAUGUCAGAACCAUUACAAACCUGGGCCACAGCUCUCCUGGGUCUCCUGGUUCUCCUGUUUGUUGUUGUUCUUAUUGUGGGUCUUCUGGUUCAACAUUACUUGAUACCAGAACCAUUACCAUCCUGGGCCAUAGUUCUCCUGGUUCUCCUGGUUGUUGCUCUUAUUGUUAUUGUGGCUCUUCUGGUUCUAAAAUACUUCAUGCCAGUCUACAAGGUGGACGUGGAUUCAGGGGUGGAGUCUGUCCAGCUGCCCUGCAAAACCAUAGUUCACCUGUUUAAAGACGUCAGAGUGGAGUGGACGGACAGAGACAACAGGAAGGUCCAUGUGUAUGAGAACGGCUCUGACCGACCUGAAGAACAGGACCAGGUUUACAGAGACCGAACAGAGAUGAAGAAAGACCUGCUGAGAACUGGAGACCUCAGUCUGACCCUGAAAAAACCCACAGAUGGAGACACAGACACCUACACCUGCACUGUCAGCAGGGACAGAAACAUCCUGAUGAAGAAACAAGUGGAGCUACAGGUCAAAGGUCAGUGCUGUAGAUACAGGUCAGAGGUCAGAGGUCAGAAAUGAAAUGUUAAAUGUGAU